UUGCGACAUCAUGGUGGCCUACUGGCAACAGGCUGGACUCAGCUACAUUCGCUACUCCCAGAUCUGUGCAAAGGCAGCAAGGGAUGCCCUGAAGACGGAAUUCAGUGCAAAUGCAAAGAAGACUGCUGGCAGCAGCAUCAAAAUUGUGAAAGUGAAGAAAGAAUAACCAGC